AUGAAAUUAUAUCACAGGCAGUUUAAAUUAGUAUAAAGCAAUCAAAAACAUGUAAAAAUUUAAUACCAUAUAGGAACUAUUAAUUUUUUAGGAGUAAUCAUAAAAUAACAUCGAUCACAGAUAGAAAAUACAGUUAUUUGAAAAACAAGAUUUCGAAGAAGGUUUGGAAAAUUCAAAAAAACAUUUAGAAUAUUAAAUAAACACAGUAUCAUUUUAUUAAAUAUAGAAAUUGUUAAAAUAAUAAGAAAUUGAAAGUCACCAUAAACUAGGAUUAAUUAAAAACUAUUCAUAUCAUAGGAAACUAAUUCCUUAAGUAUAAUAAUAAUUGGUUUCACCAAGGGCAUAGUCUCCUUAUGAUUAAAAAGAUUGGAUAGAGUUUUUAUCAAAAUAGAAUGAAAAAUUGCUGGAGGAAAAUGAAAAAAAACAGAAAAUAAUAAAUUAGCUUUUAGAAUCCCAAGCUCAGCCAUAAAAGAUAUCUAAUUUAAAUUCUCCAAGACUUUAAUAAUUGCCAAAUUAAUAACCUCCAAAAUCAGUAGAAACAAAAAAGGUCACCUCAUAAAUUUCAAGACUGCCUUAGAUUAAAACUCCUUAGCCUCAUUUGAAACACAGAAUAGAAACUAAAGAAACUACUUAAACUCAAGAUGAAUCUAAUUUGGUGUUUUAAUGUUUUUCUUCACAUACCAUAAAUUAACAAAAUUGGAGUUUUGGAAAAUAGUUAAAUUUUGAUGAAGAAAGGAUUGAAAAAAAUUAAAAUGAAUAAUAGUAAAUAGCUUAUACUAACGUUAAAUAAUUGAAAUCUACUUUCUAAAAUAAAUUCAAUUAGAAAUAGUAUUCACAGCCAGCUAUUUAAAUUAAAACUAAUUUUUCUAAACCACUACUAAAGUUACCUCAAGAAUUUCAUUUAUAAACUUGGAGUACAAAACAGCAAUUAAUUUGA